AUGUCGUCGGAGCAAGACUACCAAGACCUCUUCGGCCCCCAGGCCAAAAAGGCCAAGCGAGGGCGGGAGCAGCUCCAGACCGAUAAAUCCGCCAAUGCCAUCCGAAUUCGGGAUAAUCAGCGACGGUCACGCGCCCGGCAUAAGGAGUUCGUCGACGAACUGCAGCGGAAGGUCCAGGAGUACGAGAAGCGCGGAGUCGAGGCUACCGUCCAGAUGCAGAAGGCCGCCCGCGACGUGUCAAUCGAGAACGCCCGCUUAAAGUCACUGCUCGCGAGCCGAGGAGUCUCUGCCGAACAAAUAGAGGCAUACCUGAGGUCAUUCGACGAUGACGAUAGCAAGGGCUCUCCAGCGGUGGCCCCUGCAAUUCCCGUCUCUGGCCAACACGCCGAUGGCUACGUGAGGCCGAUCGAAGACGAGAGCAAGAUGGAGGGCUACGGGCGGCCGGUCGACGAGGAAAUGAGAGAAUCACCCGCAGCCCCUCUUGCCGCGGUGCUCCCUCCCAUCCUGAACAACCCAGUUGUCGUCGAGAGGUCGUCAAACCAACUUCCGCCGCUACAGGAACAUUUCAGCAAGGCCAGGUUUCCUCCAGAGUCCGAAAACGACGUGAACGGCCAUGUCAACGGCACGAAGAGGAGAUACGGGGAAACGUUAUUACCCCCAGUACUCACUUUGACGCCCACACCGGACGUGCAACAGAAUUCGCCGCUAGACAAGCUCACCAUGCUUGCCAACGCCAGUCUCAACAGCUCAAACCAGUCCACACCACCGAAACAUCAAAAAAUACGAGAGAAUUCAAGAAGCCCGUAUCUCUACGGCCGCAGGAGCCAAACGCCACCACGUCCGACGGAAUCGCAUCAUCCCUCACAGGCAUCUCCGCACGAAAUGUCCUGCAACGCCGCCGCCCGCAUCAUCGCCGACAUGCAGGGCUACGGCGAUGAACGCACAGCCCGCAUAGCUUUAGGAUGUCGGACCCAGGAUGACGAGUGUUUCGUCAGGAACACGACGGUUUUCCGAGCUCUCGAUCAUCGGUGA